AGAGAGAGAGAAAAAGUGGAAUUACUUUUUAUUAGUUCUGAGAAAGUUAAAAUUAAUUUUUAUUAUAUUAUUGGCUGAGCAAAAGAGCCGGCAAAGCCGUCUUCUUAAGUUAAAAAAAUGAUUUUUAUAUAUUAAUGAUAUGAAUCGAUUAUCUUUUGAAUGCGCGUUGAACGAUCAAACCAGGCCACUCAACAAGUUUCUGCUUUUUCUUGGUAACUAAGCCUCUUUCCAUUUCUAAAAAUCAUUCAAAUUCACUUUUUUUUUUUUUUUGGGUUUUCUACGAAAUUUCUUUUUCUUUCAGACCCUUUUAGGCUUUUAACGUUGUUGAUCAUCCAUACUUUUUUUUGGGUUUGGUUCUAUCCACAUGGCGGAGUAAGAGGGUGAUUGAAUUUAGCGACUUUUGUACUGGGUAUGUUUGAAUUCGUCAAACUUUUUUAGGCAUUUUUUUUAAUAAUUGGGUUCGUCUUGUUUUUCUUAGUAGAGGUGUAUUCUGAGGUCUUUCGUUAGACCCAUCAUCUGAAUAGUAGUGUAGUUGGACGUUGGAAAGUUUAUGUUUGGAUAUAAGAUGAAAGAAAGUUUUCAAGAAUUUUAGAAGUGAAUUCCUUGAGUGGUUAUUGGUAGUUGAUCAAUGGGUGAGAUUCCUUUUUUAUGGAGUUGAAGAAAGAACAAGUUUUUUGGAAGUUUGGGAUUGGUUUUGGGUGCUGAUUUUGCUUGUGGAGUGGGGUUUUGGUGGGAUUAUCUUCUAUUUGUUUUGAGAAAAUGGGUUGUAUUUCUUCAAAGACUUCCGCUGUCAAAGACAGCAGGGAAAGCCCGAGAAAGAUAUUGUCCUCUUCAAACAACCAAUACUCGGAACUUAAGGGCUCAAGACACAAUUCUUCAAAAAGAGAAGAAGGGGUUUGGACUAAAGAGAGAUUGGAUGGUGGUGAUGUCAAAGUUAUGUUAAUUGACAAGAAAAUCAAUGGCUCUAUGAGAACUUAUGAGGAUCAGGCUGAGAUGAAGAAGACAGAGAAGACUGAAGUUGCUGUCUUCAAUCAUCCGGGGUUCGGAAAAGUUCCAAAGGCUACACAGGGAGAGCAGGUUGCGGCAGGGUGGCCGGGCUGGCUCUCUGUGGCGGCACCUGAAGCUAUCAGAGGAUGGUUACCGCGGCGUGCUGAUACUUUUGAGAAAUUGAAUAAAAUUGGCCAAGGAACUUAUAGUAGUGUUUACAAGGCUCGUGAUGUCACUAACAAUAAGUUUGUUGCUUUGAAAAAAGUACGGUUUGAUAAUCUUGAUCUUGAGAGUGUCAAGUUCAUGGCAAGGGAAAUCCUUCUUCUAAGACGGCUUAACCACCCUAAUAUUAUUAAGUUGGAAGGGUUGAUUGCAUCACGUACCUCUUGCAGCUUAUACCUUAUUUUUGAGUACAUGGAACAUGAUCUUACCGGACUUGCAUCUCGUCCGGGAAUAAAAUUCUCUGAAUCCCAGGUCAAAUGCUACAUGCAUCAACUUUUGAGCGGACUUGAUCAUUGUCAUAGUCAUGGUGUUCUGCAUCGUGACAUAAAGGGUUCAAAUCUUCUCAUUGACAAUAACGGCAUCUUGAAAAUUGCGGAUUUCGGUUUGGCAAGCUUUUAUGAUCCUCAUAAUAGUGUCUCAUUGACAAGCCGUGUGGUUACUCUUUGGUAUAGACCACCAGAACUUCUACUUGGAGCUUCUCACUAUGGUGUUGCAGUGGAUUUAUGGAGUACUGGUUGCAUUCUAGGAGAACUAUAUUCUGGCAAACCUAUCUUGCCUGGUAAAACAGAGGUUGAACAACUACAUAAAAUCUUUAAGCUCUGUGGCUCGCCAUCUGAGGAUUAUUGGAGGAAUUUGCACUUACGUCAUGCAACAGUAAUGAAGCCUCCACAACCUUAUAGACGAUGUGUUGCAGAGACAUUUAAAGAACUUCCUGCUCCUGCUGUGCAGCUUAUGGAAACCUUACUUUCCAUAGAUCCUUCCAAUCGAAGGACAGCAGCUUUUGCUCUCAAGAGUGAGUUCUUUACCACAAACCCUCUUGCUUGUGAUCCUUCAAGUUUACCCAAGUAUCCUCCCAGCAAGGAGAUUGAUGCCAAAUUUCGAGAGGAAGAAGCUAGAAGACAAGGAGCACUAGGUGGAAGGGGCCACAAGGUUGAUAUCGAAAGGAGAGGACAAAUGGAAGCUCAAGCAAUCCAUGCAGCAAAUGCUUAUGCUGGGAGAAAACAAGAUCAUUCCAAUUCGAAGAGCCAUAGUGAAAUUUUCACCCAUCGCAGGGAGGAAUCUCAUUCUGGAUAUUUGGUUGUUCCAACCAAGCAGUCCCGAGCAGUUAGAGAUUCAAGAAAGGAUUCUAGAGAUGAUCAUAUCAGGAGGGUAUCUCUCUCAGGGCCACUAAUUCCUGGCCAUGGACAAACAAGAGCUGGGAGGGACCGUAAUGAUCCUCCCAAUGUUUCAACUAGAGCCAACUUGUCUAAGUUAUCUGGUUUAGUGGCAGCUAGGACUGCUGCAUCAUCUGAAGAUCAGCAAGUGAAAGCUGGUCCCUCACACUCGCAAGAGACAACAAAUGAUGGUGGUAGAUUCCGAUUAUCAUCUAAUGAAGCAGAUUCUACAAAGAAGCAGGACCGAAAGCAUCACUCGCUAAGAGUAGCACAUUCUCGUCAAGUAGAUGAUGGAAAAGCCUGUGACAAAGAAUCAAGUCUGCAUGGUCAUAACCACAAGUCGAACAAAAUUUACGUCUCUGGCCCUUUACUUGCUUCAUCGAAUAACAUGGAUCAGAUGCUCAAAGAGCACGAUCGCCGGAUCCAAGAAUAUGCACGGCGAACACGACUGGACAAAAGCAGACCGGGUUCACAGGGGCUAGCAUAUCCAGUGUCUGCCUCUAAGCAAGUAGCUGGAUAGAUAUAUGAUCCUACGGCACCCAACACAUUCCUUUUCACUUGUUAGAGAUAUAUAGAGAGAAAACGAGAGAAAAGAGCAUGAUAAGCUCUCCUCUCGUAGUACUUGGUGUGAUAAUUCCAUGUAUAGGUAGGAAAUCUAGAUAGAGAGCUGUGAGAGGCCUCUCCAUUUUACAGCAUUUAAUACAGUCAGAGUCGUUUUAGAAGCCACGUGAGAAUGAGUCCAUAAUUGUAUUCUGGCAUAUUCAUAUGUUUCAAUUUAUAAUAAUAGCGAGAAGAAGAAAAAGUAACAUAAAUUUAUUUGAAACCA